GACACCAGGGUUAACACCCCUACUCUUACAAUAAGUGCCAUGGGAUCUUGACUGACCUCAGAGUCGGGACACCCGUUUUAACAUCCCAUCCAGAAGACAGCACCCUACACAGGGCAGUGUCCCCAAAUCACGUCCCUGGGGCAUUGGUAUAUUUUUUUAGACCAGAGGAAAGAGUGCCUCCUACUGGCUCUCCAACACCACUUCCAGCAGCAUCUGGUCUCCCAUCCAGAUACCUAGGGUGUAAGUGAGGCCCUGUGGUCUCAUCAAACACUAUCUUUUUUCCACCUAGCGUUCGAAUGACCACAACUGGAAAACAAAAAUCAAACGACCACUAGAUGGAGCUAGAUGACAACUUUUAUACAAGCGUUGACCGUGUGCGGACCUCAAAGGAUAUGAAAUAGUCACAUAGAACAAUGAGCCAGAUAUUUCUCCGGAUGUAUAAUUGUGAAGCAUCCGGUUAGCGUUUCCGCUCACUACCAAAUAUGGUGAUGGCAAGAAGGCCGACAGUAGGAGAAGAUGGAGCGAGAUGGAUUUUGGCUGACAUUCUGCACAUUGUCUCACCGAUUAAAUAUUUGAUUUCAAUAUAGUUUUCUGUUCCCAAAACUAUAAUCUGUUACUAACAGAGUAGAUCAAGUUUAGUAGAUUUUACCCUUUGCCAAAGUCUAAGAAAUGCCGUUGUUUAGGAGUGCAAGGGCGAAUUGAGUUAUUGCUCAGGCACACUUCACAGAGUAGGCGUUCCCUAACGGAUAUACGCAAAUAUAUGCUAGAACGCGCAAAUAGGAUCUCGCUAGCUCGUGCUUGGCUCUGCCCUCCUCCUUGCUUGUUCUGCCCACUAUGACUAAUUUGUUCACAUCAGAAACGGGAGGCUGUGGUCUAUCGUUGAUUAGUUAUAAAAAUCUAUGACAUAGUCUUACAGUUGGAAUCAAUGAUUGUAUAUUGGAAUCCAACCAACACGUCUAGCAAUCCAAAGGUUGUGUGUUCAAAUCCCACCAUGCAGAACUAUCAUACUAAUUUUAAUAAAGAGGAUUUACAUUUACGAUGCUACUUCUACCCCUGAGUCCAGGUUACAGCAGUAGACCUGAAUGAUUGAGAAUGAAAGUGAAAGUGCCAGUGUGGCAGCAACACAUUUGGAUGAAAGGUUUCCGGCGUUAUCCACAUACCACUUCAAAAGUUCGAAGAUGCAUAUUAUUUUCCUGUGGAUCAGUUCAUCAUCAAAGAGACUUUAUAGACACUCCUUUAUUUAAACAUUGCAUUGAAUAGCAGGCUCCAGUGUCAUGCGGCUGUGUCUCCUUUCCCUCCUUUUUAUCAUCAAAGUGUGUCGACUCAAUAUUUUAAGGCGAGACGUGUGCCCACCCCUGCCUCAGUGUGAGCUCACCAAGCCCUUGAAAAAGUUGGAUGGUUAUCAAGAAAACUACUCUGUACACUACCAGUGUGUGGAUGGCUAUGUGAGGAUGGCGGGGACCUCCAGUCGCAUCAAGUGCAAACGAAUUAAUCAGGUUCUUCAGUGGGAAGGCCCAACACUGAUAUGCAUUCCCGACCCAUCUAUUCCAACUACGAUAGUACCUUCAAUAACCCACAAGAGGACUCCAUCUCCCAUAGUGCACCUCUCAGUGCCCACAGAGAGAAUUAGCCCAAGACCAACCACUCCCAGUUCACUUUUAUCUCCAAUACUGCAGAACCAAAAGGUCAUUACUACUGUUACAGUGACAAACACCAUCAUCGAUGACCUUACAUUAGUGCCAGUGGAUAAGUCCAGUGCGGUGACCUCUGUCUUCACGAAGACUGUUUCUCCAUCAGAGAGUUACUGUGUCUCCAACAGAACCCCAGCCUCCAGUGAGGAUCCAGUUGGCGAUGGAAGCACUGCUACAGCCAUAUAUGCGGGUGUAGGUGGGGUGGUAGUAACCAUCUUGCUGGUUGCAGCGUUUGGAGUACUAAUGUUUUGGAGAAGGAAACGGAUGCAGCGGCUUGAUCUGUCACCAACACCAGACGAAAUAGUGCAAAUUAAUGUUGUGACAUGAGCCACACUCCUUAGUGCCCUGACUGACAACCAGCAGCCACUUAGAAAAGACAAAAGUACAUCAGUCUGAUGGUGGGGGGACAAUGACCUUGGAUUGGACAAGAGGUGGACCAAAAAUGUAUGGCCCCGACCUCGUUGUCCUCGUGUGGAAAAUUAAAAUACCUAAAGCAUCACCCAAAUGGAUUAAUUUAAGACAUAUUGAUUAAUUUCAUUUAUUAAUUAAUAUCCUUAAACUAUUUUGAGGAUAGAUUCUAAAUUAAUAUGGAAGCAUAUUAGUUAUAUUAAAAAACAAUUAACUACAGUACAUUCGGGAAGUAUGCAGACCCCUUGACUUUUUCCACAUUUUGUUACAGCCUUAUUCAAAAAUCAAAACAUAAUGACAAAGCAAAAACAGAUUUUUAGACAUUUUUGCAAAUGC